GUAUGAAUAUAAAUUCAAACCAUGCUUUACACACAUUCAUAUACUGUUGAUAAAUAACAAACAAACACUUUACAAUGAGAAAAUGGAAAAUGUCUGAUUUAUGGAUUUUAAUUUUGAUAUUCAGCACCAUGUUCCAACCCGAUAGACACUGGGUUACUGCACAAUCCGCCACUGACCCAUCAGUUUAUCAGCCUGAUAAAGAGCUCAGUGUGAAUAUCGGAGACUCGGCUACUCUGCAGUGUUGUAUUUUAGAAAAAGAAGUUGGAUUGAUGGUCUGGUUUAAGCAACCAAACAGAAAAAAACCUCAGAUUAUAGUAACAGUAUUUAAAAGUAGUGGAGAAGCGUUUCACAAUGGAUUCCAAAACUCUCGUUUCCAAAUAGAAAGAUCUUCAAACUGCUUCAAUAUGAUCAUUUUAAACAUCAUUCAGUCCGAUGAAGCCAUGUACUACUGUGCACUCACAAGACCCAACAUUGUGUUUGGAGAUGGAACUUAUUUAAAAAUUAAAGGUGAGCAUGUUACUAUUGUAUCAGAAACAUCUAAAACUGCUUUGUGGAAUAACUCAGUGGUGUGUGAACCAACACCGCAUGGAAACAACACUAACUCGAACACACAACACAAAUCAGUGAUCAGUUUGGGAACGGCUUUGGGUUUGUGCGCACUUCUGAUUUUCUGUCUCACUUAUUACAUACUGAGGAGAAGAAAACGUGAUAAAAGUAAGUGGUUUUGUCAUGAGAUAAUUAUAAUAGUUACUGUUAUUAUGAAAAACACUAAUAAACGUGCUUCUGUGUUCAUAGAAAACACCUCUUUAGAAGAUUCUCCAGGAACAAGGCAGGAAUUUGAAGCUGAAUCACUGAAUUAUGCAGCUUUGCAAUUCUCCAAGAGGAAAGCCAAAGCUGAAAAAAGAAAACCUGGCUCAUCAGAUGAGUGUGUGUACUCCGAUGUGAAGAAAACUGUAAGAUGUAACAUAGAUGUUUCAUAACACAAGUGGUGUUUUAAUGUGUUUUUGUAUGCCCACCCACUACAAUUUAUUUUAAGUGUCAUAAUAAACCCAUUUUUUGUAUGA